GGAGCUCCCACCUGGCUCCUGUAAUCCAGGAGGGUGUAAUUAAUUAAUAGGGUUGGAGCAGAGGGAAAGCGAUCCGGGGGAUGGAGAGCAGAGCAGCGGGAUGGCAUUCACCCAGCUGGCACUGAGCCAGGGAUUCGGGGCACUGGGGGUGCUGGGGGGCAGAGCAGGGUCUGUCCCGGGAAAUCCAGGGGGAUCGCCGCUGUUCAGAGUUUAUCCUGCUGGGAAAUGAUGUUUCUGUGUUGGAGGAAACUUGUAGCAAGACAAUCCAAGUUACUGCGGCCGCGGUGGGAAGGUGGAGGAGGGAGAGGAGGAGGAAGAGGAGGCAGGGGUGCCUCCACUCUGAGCUGGAGCUUUGUGGAGCCUCCCCCUCUGCGCUGCUCCAUGAAUUAAUUAAUUUUCCUUUCCUGCAUGAAAUAUUCCCCCGCUGCCAAGGGAACUGGGGGGCCAAGGCCGUGGAGGUGGGAGCCAGGUGAAAGGGACAGGCAGGGAGAGGGGUCUUUGGAGCAGGUAAAAAUGGUCGCUGGGAGGAUAUCACUGCUGGCAUGGAUGGCGCUCACUUGGCAGCUCUGCUGUGGUGCCACCAGCGCCAGGGGACCACAGGUGACAGGGUCUUGUCUUCCCCCUCCGACAGGAGCUUUCUGGUGAUGGUUGAUGAUCGAUGCUUGUGCCCUCAGUGCUGUGGGAGAGGUUUUUUUGGGAAUCCAGGUCACAGCCGGGUGCUGGGUGAGGUGCAAGCCCAGUGGGGUGGAUGCCAAACCGGAGAUGGGCACGGCACGUGUCUGUCCCCAGGGGACCACGUCUGUCCUGUGACAGGGCCACCCUCCCGUGCUCAGCCAGGACACCCCAACCUCACACCACCGCUCAGGGCUGCAAGAUUCCCCCAAAAACCUCCAAAAAUGGGUGGAAACCCUCCGAGAAAGGGCUGUACCUGUCCCCAAAGCCGCCGUUGGGACCACAGCCCUGCCGCACUCUUCCGGAGCAGGGAGGAACUUGGUGACAGCAGCCCCACUUCGCAAGAAGAAGCUGUUUUUUAGGGCGUUUUCAUCAAAAAGGAGAAGGGGGGUGGUGGGGAGCCCAAGCCCUGAGCCGGGCUGGAAACUGCAGCGACAGGAAGGAAGUGAAGUGGGUUAUUUCAGGCUGCAGUUGGCUGCUCGGGGCAAGGCUCGACUCUUCGUGCGCUGAUAGCAGCCCCCGGUGAACAAUGGGGUCGUGGGGCCCUUCCCGGCAGGAAAACGGCUCGUUCCGCUGAAAUCUCCAAAUCUCCUGCUGCUGCUGCUGAGUCAGCAGGUCCUGGUGGGCCGAGCCUGGUGCGGAGGGUGCAGGGGGAGCCGGCAGGAGAGAUGGACACCUUCAGCACCAAGAACUUGGCCCUGCAGGCCCAGAAGAAGCUCCUGAGCAAAAUGGCCACCAAGACCAUCGCCAACGCCUUCAUCGAUGACACCAGCAGCGAGAUCCUGGACGAGCUGUACCGGGCCACCAAGGAGUACACCCACAACCGCAAAGAGGCCCAGAAGAUCAUCAAGAACCUCAUCAAGAUCGUGAUGAAGCUGGGCGUUCUCUACCGCAACGGGCAGUUCAGCGCCGAGGAGCUGCUGGUCAUGGAGCGCUUCCGCAAGAAGGUCCACACCUUGGCCAUGACGGCCGUCAGCUUCCACCAGAUAGACUUCACCUUCGACCGCAGGGUCAUGUCCAGCGUCCUGACCGAGUGCCGGGACCUGCUGCACCAGGCGGUCAACGGGCACCUGACGGCCAAGUCCCACUCGCGCAUCAACCACGUCUUCAACCACUUCGCGGACUACGAGUUCCUGUCGGCGCUCUACGGCCCGGCCGAGCCCUACCGCACCCACCUCCAGAGGAUCUGCGAGGGCGUCAACAAGAUGCUGGAGGAGGACAGCAUCUGAGGGGGCUCCUGGCAGCGGGGCUCCUGGCAGAGGCCGGGGAUGGGAUGUCUGAUUUGGCCUUCGCCGGGCUGGCCGUCCCCUCCUCAUCCUCCUCCUCUGUUCUUGUUUCUCCAAGAGAAUGAACUUCUUGACGUUGUGUCCCCCUCGCCCAGGGUCUGCAAACCCCUCCCUGCGCCCUCUCCAGGGCAUCCUGGGACUCUGGGCCCCUGCUGUACAGUUUGAUUUCCUUGCCCACCAAGUGCCUUUGGCUCAGAGUCCAAGGAUUUGGGCUCUGUGCCUUGAACUCUGUUGCAUCCCUCUGUGGGGAAACUGAACCAAAGACUCGUGGUGUGAAGCACCUCUGAGGUGUCUCUGAGCAGGUGGGACGGUGUUGGGGGGACAGUUCUGAGCCCCCAUAACUGGAGGGCUGUGGGACACUGUGGUUUCCUUCCAGCAGCUCCACAACGUGGAGGGAGCAAAGCACGGUCCAGACCUGUGCUGCCUCAGGCAGGAAGGUGCUUCUGCCUGGGCUUAGGUGUCCUCAAAGACAAAUCCCUGAGACCAGGAGGAUCCCUCCUCAGCUGGGAGGGAGCUGGGGGAAGCUGCUCCAUCCCUGGAACCACCCAAGUGCCCACCAGUCUCCAGUGGUGGUGGCACCUGGCAGCUUUGGUGGCCAUCCAAAGCUCCCCUGGGAUUUCAUCCCUUUUCCACGCCCUUGACUGAGUGAUGUUCAUUUUCAGCAAACUCUGUAGCCCUGAUGAGUUAUUUAAAUAAACUCAGUGUGGCCUGGGA